AUGUCUUCUUUAUCUAAAAUGGCAUCCAAAAUGACACUCAGAGACCUAUUCAACACUUCGAAGAGCACUUCCUCCUCCAAGAAGACUCCUCGUGCACAGCGCCCCAGCAGGUUCAAUGAACAUCUCGAAGAUAAGAACCGAAAUGCUGAGGAUAGACUCUAUUUCACAGAGAUAAUGGAACGCGACGAGUUGGUCGAGGGUGCUUUUGAACAAUACAAGAAGAAGUAUCCUAGGCAAUGGAACAAGCUUAGAUGGGAGGCGAGCCAUAAAGAACACAAUGAGAUAUACGAUGGACCUUCCGAAGGCGACGCCGAGUCUGUUCAUAUCGAAUGGAGUGAAGAUGCGAUAAAAGAACCCACUGAAAAUAAAUUCGGAGGUCCCAAACGUCCUAUCUCUCCAGUCAAGAAAGUUUCCCAAGACAAGGUAGCAAAGGGGAUUGAGGUUGCAAAGAAAGCUUUGUGUUUUGGUUCGCUCACUCCUGAGAAGUGA